CCGAGGUCGGAGCACAAGCGACGCGCGUUGGCUCAGCGAGCUCGGCUAACACCAUUGGACUCGCCAGCGUUAGCGGAGAGGAUAACGUUAGCCCCGCGAGCUAACAGAAAACAGCCACGCAGCGCAUCCCGUUAAAGCCGCCGAUCCGAAGAUGUGACUCGGGCUGGAAACGCGUCGGUCGCGCGCGCGCUCCUGCGCCGUUUUUUUGUAGUUUCUUGUGUCUUUUUAAUCGGUAGGAAAAACGGCUGACGCGGCGGACUCGACGGUCACAGCCGCAGCUCUCGGUGUGUUGUGUUGCAGUCAGCCGGCCGAGCGCUCUUUGUUUCUGUCAAGUUUUCUCGCCGAGUGGGAUUUCGAUGUGAUAACUUGCAGAAAUGAACCCCGUGGCAAAAAUCCAGAUUGGUCAUGCACGGUAGAGGAUCAGCAACCAUAUCGGCAAAUUUAAAACCUCAACAAUUUAUAGAAGUAUCGCGAUCCUUUUUUUUGUUGUUGUUGUUGUUGUUUUGUGUGCACAGUCCUCUUCCGCAUGGAGCUGAAACGCACACUCACACUGAAGCGCCUACGGUAGCCGCUAACUGGACGGACUCUCUGGCAAUUGACCUUUUGCAGUGGAAUAGCGGAACAAGUCUUGAACCAUGAGCUCAGUGGCAGUGUUGACCCCGGAGAGCUUUGCGGAGCAUCGCAGUGGCCUCAAGGACCAGGAGAUAACAGGCUGCGUCCCAGAGGAUGAGGCUUACAUCCCCACCUACCUCGAGGCCUUCCCUCCGCUGCCGGAGAAGGGAGCACCAGGGGAGAAGGCCGGGGAGCCGGCCUCAGCGUGGGGCAGCAAGAUCAGGCCCAUCAAAGCCUCUGUCAUCACCCAGGUGUUCCACGUGCCCCUGGAGGAGCGUCGCUACAAGGACAACAGCCAGUUCGGGGAGGGCGAGGAGGCCAAGGUGUGUUUGGAAAUCAUGCAGCGAACAGGGGCCCACAUUGAGCUGUCCCUGGCCAAAGACCAGGGCCUUUCCAUCAUGGUCACGGGAAAACUGGACUCCGUCAUGAAGGCGCGCAAGGAAAUUGUAGCUCGCCUGCAGACACAGGCCUCAGCCACGGUCGCCAUCCCCAAGGAGCACCACCGCUUUGUCAUCGGAAAGAACGGCGAGAAGCUGCAGGAGCUGGAGCUGAAGACGGCCACGAAGAUCGCCAUUCCACGUCCCGACGACCCCAGCGCAAACAUCCGCAUCACCGGCACCAAGGAGGGCAUCGAGAAAGCUCGCCACGAGAUCCUGCUCAUCUCUGCUGAACAGGACAAGCGUGCGGUGGAGCGUCUGUCCCUGGAGAAGGCCUUCCACCCCUUCAUCGCCGGCGCCCACAACCGGCUGGUGCAGGAGCUGAGCCAGGAGACGGGCGCGCGCAUCAGCAUCCCCCCGCCCAGCCUGCCCAAGGACGAGAUCGUCAUCACCGGGGAGAAGGAGGCCGUCGCCCUGGCGGUCAACCGCAUCCGAGCCAUCUAUGAGGACAAGAAGAGGAAGACCACCACCAUCUCCGUAGAGGUGAAGAAGUCUCAGCACAAGUACAUCAUCGGUCCAAAGGGCAACACCCUGCAGGAGAUCCUGGAGGCCACUGGGGUGUCCGUGGAGAUGCCCCCUCUGGACUCCGGCUCGGAGACCAUCAUCCUCAGGGGGGAGCCCGACAAGCUGGGACCAGCGCUCACACAGGUCUAUGCCAAGGCGAAGAGCGUGAUAGUGGUGGAGGUUACGGCUCCGGCCUGGCUGCAUCGCUUCAUCAUCGGCAAGAAAGGACAGAACAUUGGGCGGAUCACACAGCAGCUGCCACGGGUUCACAUCGAGUUUACGGACGGCGAGGAGCGCAUCAGUCUGGAGGGGCCUACGGAGGAGGUGGAGCAGGCUCAGGCCCAGAUUCAGGAGAUCAUCAAGGACCUGCUGGUGAGGAUGGACUACACCGAAGUCAUCAUCGACCAGCGCUUCCACAGACACCUCAUCGGAAAGAACGGAGCCAACAUCAACCGGAUCAAGGAGCAGUACAAAGUGUCUGUGCGAAUCCCCCAGGACUCGGAGCGGAGCGGUCUGGUCCGAAUCGAAGGAGACCCGAAAGGAGUCCAGCUGGCACGGAGGGAGCUCAUGGAGAUGGUCCACAGAAUGGAAAACGAACGCACCAAAGACCUGAUCGUGGAGCAGAAGUUCCAUCGGACAAUCAUCGGCCAGAAGGGAGAGAAGAUCAAAGAGGUUCGCGACAAGUUCCCUGAGGUCAUUAUCAAUUUCCCCGACCCGGCGCAGAAGAGUGACAUUGUCCAGCUAAGAGGUCCAAAGAACGAGGUGGAGAAAUGUGCCAAGUUCCUCCAGAAAAUUAUUGCCGACCUGAUCGAGAACAGCUUCUCACUCUCUGUUCCCAUCUUCAAGCAGUUUCACAAAAACAUCAUUGGGAAAGGCGGCGCCAACAUCAAAAAGAUUAGAGAAGAGACCAACACGAAGAUCGACCUCCCUACGGAGAACAGUAACUCGGAGAUGAUUGUAAUCACGGGCAAGAAGAGCAACUGUGAGGCGGCCAGAGAGCGAAUCCUCUCCAUCCAGAGAGAACUGGCAAACAUUAAGGAGACGGAGGUCACCAUCCCAGCCAAGCUGCACAACUCCCUGAUCGGCUCCAAAGGCUGCCUCGUGCGCUCCAUCAUGGAAGACUGCGGCGGCGUCCACAUCCAUUUCCCCUCCGAGGGAUCCGGCUCGGACAAGGUCACCAUCAGAGGGCCCGCCGGAGAAGUGGAGAAGGCCAAGAAACAGUUGCUGCAGCUGGCUGAGGAGAAGCAAGUCAACAACUUCACCGCCGAGCUGCAGGCGAAACCAGAGUACCACAAGUUCUUGAUUGGCCGCGGUGGGGCAAAUAUCCGCCGUGUGCGGGACAGGACGGGGGCCCGAAUCAUCUUCCCGUCACCAGACGACACGGAGCAGGAGCUGAUCACCAUCGUGGGGAAAGAGGAAGCCGUUCGUCUGGCUCAGAAGGAACUGGAAAGUCUGGUCAAAAACCUGGACGACGUGGUGGAGGACAACAUGGUGGUGGACGUUUGCCACCACCGCCACUUCGUGUGUCGGAGAGGGCAGGUGCUGCGGGAGCUGGCGGAGGAGUACGGCGGCGUGGCCGUGAGCUUCCCCCGAACCGGGUCCAACAGUCAACGGGUCACUCUGAAGGGAGCCAAAGACUGCGUAGAGGCCGCGAAGAAACGCAUCCAGGAGAUCAUCGAGGACCUGGAGUCCCAGGUGAGCGUGGAGGUUACCAUCCCCCAGCGCUACCACCGCGCCGUCAUGGGGCCCAAGGGCUGCCGCAUUCAGCACAUCACCAGGGAGCACGAGGUUCAGAUCAAGUUCCCAGAGAGGGAGGACAGCUCCGCAGGUCAGGAGCCUCCGCCACAAGAAAACGGUGAGGUCAGUCCAGAGGCAGAGUUUGUCCCCCGCAAGUGUGACAUCAUCUCCAUCUCUGGGCGGGCAGAAAAGUGUGAGCUGGCGAAAUCCGCGUUGCUGGCAUUGGUGCCCAUCACGGAGGACGUGGAGGUGUCUUACGAGCUGCACCGCUACAUCAUUGGCCAGAAGGGAAGCGGAAUCAGGAAGAUGAUGGAGGAGUACGAGGUGAACAUCUGGGUGCCGCAGCCCGAGAAGCAGCUGGAUGUGAUCAAGGUGACGGGCCUGGUGGCCAACGUGGAGCGAGCCAAACUGGGUCUGCUGGAGAGGGUGAAAGAGCUGCAGGCCGAGCAGGAGGACCGAGCGCUGCGCAGCUUCAAGGUGACCAUGUCUGUAGAUCCCAAGUUCCAUCCAAAGAUCAUCGGUCGUAAGGGAGCAGUCAUCUCCCAAAUCAGAAAAGACCACGACGUCAGCAUCCAGUUCCCCGACAAGGGAGACGAGCAGCAGGAUCUGAUCGUGAUCUCUGGGUACGAGCGCAAUGUGGAGGAGGCCCGUCAGUCCAUUCAGCAGCUGGUUGCCGAGUUGCAGGAGAUGGUGAGCCAAGACGUUCACCUGGACCCUAGGACCCACGCCCGCAUCAUUGGAGCCCGCGGCAAGGCCAUCCGCAAGCUGAUGGAGGAGUUCAAGGUGGAUAUCCGGUUCCCUCAGCCAGGUUCUGACGAGCCAGACAAAGUGACUGUGACGGGCCUUCCAGACACCGUCGACAACGCCAUCGACCACCUGCUCAACUUGGAGGAGGAAUAUAUGCUCAGUGUGACGGAGACCGAGACCUUGGCGGCGUACAUGAAGCCCCCGUCUCGCUAUGGAGGAGGAGGAGGAGCAGGAGGAGGGGAUGACGGCACUGGAGGUCCGGCUAAGGGCUUUGUGGUGCGGGACGCUCCCUGGAACGCAGCAGGGAACAAGGCUCCUGACAUGAGCAGUGCAGAGGAUUUCCCCACAUUCGGGACAGGCGUGGCCCCAAAACAAGCAUCGGCCUGGGGCCCCAAGAAGUUCUGAAGCCGCUCAUCUGGAGGGAAAAAGACACUUCUGUAAAGUAGACAAUGAGAGACACAACAAAUCUCCAAUCAUAUUGCUGCUCACUUUCCUUCCUCCCUCCCCCUUUCCUUAGUGACUUACCUUCGUCUCCCCUUUUCUGUAAACUCCCUCGUACCUUCCUCCAACAACCAGCCACUAUGACUUUUGGGAGAACUAUCCCCCCUUUGUCCUUAUCUGUCUCUCUUCUGCGUACCUCCACAUCCUCUUUCCCCUUGAGAGGGGGAAAAAAGAAAAAAGAAAACAUCAAAUGCUCCCUUCAUAGUUUUGCUGUCCCACUCUGCCUCUCGGGUUGCGCCACCCCUGCCGCUGUCGAUGAAAUAUUUAUAAAAAAAAAAUACGACACUUUUUUUUCACCUCCGACUGCCAAACUCUCCCUCCGCAGAAGCAAACUGUCAGCUCAGUAGAGUAAAUUAGAAACGUUUCAACUCUCAUAAAGAGUCUGCGGAGUCAGGGAAGUGGAGUCCGGGUGCACCGGUGGGAAACAUCCUCAGAUCUGAAACAAGGCGGCGGGUGAUCGUGCAUCCAAGUUGCAAUAGAUUAUUCUUGGAUUUUUAAUCUUAAAAAAAAAAUGAAGGGGGCGGCCUGUGUUUGACAGUGCAAGAAGAGUUUUAACAGCAGAUGUUAAGGUUCUUUUCCUGUGCGUUUUUUUCCUUUUUCAAAGGAGCCGUUGGCUCACAUUAAAACGUGAGCCAACGGCUCACGUUUUAAUGUGGUGCAGCAGGUGAGGCAAUGAGCUCUCUCUGUGUGUGUGUGUGUGUGUGUGUGUGUGUGUGUGUGUGUGUGUGUGUGUGUGUGUGUGUGUGUGUGUGUGUGUGUGUGUGUGUGUGUGUGUGUGUGUGUGUGUGUGUGUGUGUGUGUGUGUGUGUGUGUGUGUGUGUGUGUGUGUGUGUGUGUGUGUGUGUGGAUUGAGGAGCGACUUUUCACCCACAUGUAUUUGCAGAUCCCCAUUUUAUUAAUUUCAGAGCGGGGAGCUGCAUUGAAUCAUGACGAAUCUAAAGUUGUGGGAGUCCUGAGGCCUAACGUUUGUAAUGAAGCUUGUUUUGUCACCACUGUUUUAUUUAUUCUCAAAAAAAAAAAAAAAAGGAAAAAAAAUCAGGAGCCAUUUUAUUUGAAACUACUGUGAUCAUGCGUUUUUAUAAAAAGCACUGUAGCUUGAUGCUAAUAACCUUGUGUACUGGGAGUGAAUGUUGUAUGUGAGGGUUUUGGAAACGUGUAACCAGUUAUGUGUAAGUGUACAAAGAACUUUUUCGCUAUUUUUUUAAACUGGGAUUUUUUUGUUAGUUUUUCGGACAUAUUUGGAAGACUCUCUGUAUGUAUGUAUGUAUGUACGUGUGUGCGUGCGUGGGAAAGUCGGGAUGUAUAUUUGAAUGAAGCUGAACCAAACUUUUA